AUGGAAAUAUAUAAUAAUAAUAGUAUUAGUAUUAAUAAUAAUAAUAAUACCUUUAAUAUUUUUAAAAAUAAUAUUAGUUUUACUAAUAAUAAUUAUAAUAAUAUCAAUUUUAAUAAUAAUAAUAAUAUUAAUAAUAAUAAUAAUAUUAGUUUUGGUGGUAGUAGUAGUGAUAGUGAAAAUGAUGAUAAUUAUUCAUCUUCACCAACAUCACUUUCAUCAUCAGUAUCAUCAUCAGUAUCAUCAUCAGUAUCAUCAUCACCAUCAGUAUCAUCAUCAUCAAUUAAUAAAAAACCAAAUGGAUUAGUUCAAUGUAAUCAUAUUGGUUGUGAAAGUGUUUAUACUCAUCAUACUGGGCUAUCAAGACAUUUUAGAAAUUUUCAUAAAACUUAUUGCUCAAAUCCUGAUAUUUGUGAUGGUUGUAUAAGUAAAAGAAAGAAGGAAUCCAAAAAACCAGUUCCAAAAGUUGAUUGUAACCAUGAAGCUUGUAUUAAAAAAUUAUCAAAAAAGAAUAUAGCGAAACAUCAUAAAAUGCUACACCCAAAUUGUUCAAUUGAUUGCCAAGAAUGUUCUUCUGCUGGUGUUUCAAUUCUUUUAAAAUUAAAUAAAUUUUUUUUAGAUAAGAAAAUUCCAAUCUAA